UCAACCCUUCUCCGUUUCCUCCAUUCCACAAAAAGAAUCCCCUUUUCUUAUCAUCCAUGCAUAAUUCUCAAUUUCUCUCCGGAAUUUUCUCCCCUUCACAAACCCUCCUUUUCGAUCCCCAAUUACCUCAAAUCUCCCAUCUUUCUGACCAAUUCUAACCAAAUUUCAGAUAAAAUGGAUAAUCAAGAAGAGGAUUUAUCAUUAGCAAUCAUCAACAUGCCGAAAUUUCAUCUCACAAAUGGACCUUCUCUACCUUUAUCAUCUGGGUGUUUCGAGAUUCGUCUUUUCUACGUCCGGGUAUCUCCUUGUGCAGCGGAAAGCGUACCUGACCAUCUAACGAUUCGUCAUCUUCCUCGAGAAAUUGGCGUUUCGCUUGAGAUUAACGGGGUUCGAUUGCCGGAAUCGGAGAUGGGUUUAUUGACUCUUAGGAGAGAUCGGCUUGAUAAGGAAUCGUCUGAGGUUACGUAUGUGAGUACUGAUUGUGUUAAGGUUACGGGUGCGGUUGAAUUUGAGGUUUGUGAGGAGGAAAUGAUGAUAAUUUGUGGUUCAUUGGAGAGAAUGGAUGCUGCUUGGAGUAAUGGAUCUGUUGGUAAUGAGGGUGAUCUUAGUACAGGGUGGAGUAUGGAUUGUUAUACGGCUGCUUCAAUUACAACAGGUGGAUCUGCUUUUCUUCAGCCGAAAUUUGGUAUUUCUGCUCCUUCUUUUGAAGUUUAUAUUGCUGGUUGUUGUUCGGCUGUUCCUGUUAUCUUGACAAAGAUGAUUCAGAUAAGUCCUAGGCGUAAACCUACAAGGCAUCUGGCGCUUGAUGCUAUUCCUGAAGAUGUUGAAAUUGGGAAAGCACAAGAUCGACACAAUGGGUUGGUUCAGAGAAAAUUGCAGAUAACUGAGGUAGAUGUGGACAAUUACGAAACAGAUGGAAAAGUUUACAACAGUUACUACUCAGAAGAAAUGUAUACAGGCGAAGAUGGGCAACUAUCGUGGUUCAAUGCAGGUGUAAGGGUUGGGGUUGGUAUAGGUCUUGGAAUGUGUUUGGGUCUUGGUAUAGGUGUUGGACUUCUAAUGCGAUCAUAUCAAGCUACUACCAGCAAUUUGAGGAGGAAGUUCUUCUGAACUUAAUUACUCAUGUUUGAAAUCCGAUAAACAAAAACAAAAAACACCCCAAAAAGCUUUUGGGACUCGUGAGAAUGUGGAAGUCCUUUGAAAAGAACCAUAGAAGGCUAGUUUGGUAAAUUUAGAGGAAAAGGAAUGUGGGGUGUUUGAGAGAUUUGUGUACAUGUUGUUGGUUGGUUGGUUGGUUGGUUUGGUUGGUGGGUAAAUAUUCUUGGAAGUUUUGUUUGUACAAAGUCUCUAGUUGUGGUCUAUAAGAGGAAAUGUUAUUAUGAGUGUAGGGUAUGUUUCCUUUGUUGGGUUUUUUUGACAGUUUCUUGAUCACAUGUUUGUGAAAGAGAUGUAGUCAUGUGGUUAUAUGGUGUAAGAUAAGUAAAAAGAAGAAGAUGAAAAUGAAGAAAAGUUUGCAGUGGUCAAUCAGUUUUGGUGAAAUAUGUAAUAAUUCUUACAAUUUAUGAGGAUUUGUGCAAUAAAGCUUGCUUCAUGUUGUGUUUUGAA